GCGAUUUUUGCUGACUCACGUUUUUUCUUUUUUAACAGGGAAAACCAGACCUAAAUACAACUUUACCAAUCAGACAAACUGCAUCCAUUUUCAAACAGCCAGUCACCAAAGUUACCAAUCAUCCCAGCAACAAAGUACGGUCUGACCCACAGCGGGUGACGGAGCAGCCGCGGCAGCUUUUCUGGGAGAAGAGGCUACAAGGCCUCAGUGCUUCGGAUGUCAGUGAGCAAAUCAUAAAGCCCAUGGAGCUGCCUAAAGGUCUUCAAGGAGUUGGGCCAGGUAACAACGACGAUACCCUGUUAUCGGCUGUUGCUAGUGCUCUGCACACCAGUUCUGCGCCCAUCACGGGGCAGGUCUCUGCAGCCGUGGAGAAGAACCCGGCCGUCUGGCUUAAUACAUCUCAACCCCUCUGCAAAGCUUUCAUAGUCACAGAUGAUGACAUUAGGAAACAAGAAGAGCGGGUGCAACAAGUGCGUAAAAAACUGGAGGAAGCGCUGAUGGCAGACAUUCUGUCACGAGCGGCUGACACAACGAAAGAUAUAGACAUAGAAAUGGAUAACGGAGAUGAAGCAUAAGAAGAAAUCAGGUACUUUGAACUGACUUAUCCCAGGAGGAACUUCCUAGAAGACAGAGGCACUUUCUCCUUCGGUCUUUCGUUAUCAGAAGAAAUGGACCCAUGCACAUUUAUAUAGCUUUCUAAUAGCAUUAAAACCAAUGCCUUUUCUAGACUCCUAUUUUUGAUGUAUAUAUCUUAUUUGAAAAGCAACUUUAUUUUGUGUCCUAUGACUUAAAGUCCUUUUUUAAGUAUUGAACGUUACCCUUUAUCUAAAGCUGAGCUUUUGAUGCCAGGUUGCAAACCUACUGGAAUUAUAUUGCCUGUACUAAAUAUUUGUUUUUCCUGUGGUUUUUGGUAAGAAUGGAUCAGAAGAACCGAAUGAGUUCCCAAUUAAAAGAUUAUUGUGACUCUGUAUAUAAACAGAUUUUUAUACCUAUGGGUGAAAGCACCUGUACAUUCUUCCGUCAUCACUGUAAAGAUAAAUAAAUGACUAUAUUCCAAGCA